UCGAUCCCAUAACGCCGGGAUCACGCCCUGAGCCAAAGGCAGACGCUUAACCGCUGUGCCACCCAGGCGCCCCCUGUCUAAAUUAUCUUAAAAAUAUUUUCUUUUUAAAAAGAAACCUGUUGCUGCAGCUUAGUAAUAGUUUCUGUGCCCCUGUGGGAUGAGAAUCCUGGAAUCCAUAUCUAGUGAAAUGUUAACCUAAAACAGAUUUCCAGCCCUGGGUUGUUUUUCUGUCCUACAGUAUUUCCAUUUACUUCAAAGGAAGUUGCAGAAUUCUUACAGAUAAUUUCAGUUCACUUUGAUUUUAACUGUUAUGCCCAUUUUAUGGAGUGAUAAAGCCUAGAGAGGGCCUUUUGUGCUGUGUGCUGCACACCUAUUGCCUAUGGGGAAGGUUGGAAAUCAAAGGCCUGUCCCUUGGAAAUAAUCUUUGCCCUUGGCCAUGCCUAUCAGAUCUAGCUUGGUAAUGGCCUUGGUUUUAGAACCUUGAAAGAGGAUAAUAUGGGGUUGUGUCUGGUGUUGCAAUUUUAGUGGCCUGAAUAAAAAUAAGGCUUUGUGCUCUAAGGCAAUAGGUUUUCUUAGGUACGAUAAAAAUAGCAAGGGAACCAGUUUCUGAGGUUGCAGCUAGGUGGUUAGAGAACAGAGCGAGGGGGUGGUAAACUGAAGUGUGAAGAAGGGGGUGGACAGGUGAGAGAGAUGGGGAAGGACAGAAUAGGGUCACAGGAGGGAUGGGGAACCAGAGGAAUUAUGAGAUAGACUUGGGAGAUGGGGAAAAUAUUCUUCCCUUAAAGAUAAAGAGAUUCUCAUUUUAGGUGGAACUUACAGAGCAAGUGCCAAGAAAAGCAGUUAAUGGUAGAAUGGCAGACAGAGAAGUGCUAAGUGAAUGUCUUUUGGACAUUCACUUUAGACCUUAAUUUUAUCUGAGAUUUCCUCCCUCUUGCAAAUUCAUAAAAUAUCAACUUUAAUUAGUAUAGGGUUUUUAGGUUUGGAGUGCUUUCAUAAACAUCGCCUCAUUUGAUCCUCAUGUUUGAAGUUAACGGCGUAUAAUUGUAUCCCCCAUUUUUCAGAUAAAUGUUAUCUGAAUUGAGGUUCAGAGACUUUAAGUGACUUGUGAGGUCUCUGAAUUUUAGUUCAGUUGCUCUAUACAGGAUACUUCAGUAACCAUUAAUUUGAAGGAUUUGCCUGAUAUUUCAGAUGUCCACGCAGCAUGGUCUUUAAUUAAUUCAGCGGACGCUCCGUUAAACUAGAAGAGAUUUGAGUAUACUAGAUAAUUUCUUAACAAGCAAGGACCUAGGGGAUGUUCUCAACUAGAUUAGCAUUCUUUCCUACCAUUCCUAGGCUUUGUUAAGACUCUUAGGAGUCAGGGAGGUGAUGAUGGGAUGAAAUAGAAACUAUAGCCACUACUUACCGAGCUUUUCCAUCGUGCUUGUUGGUAGUACUUGAUGUGCAUUAUGUUCAUGGUCUCCUUUAAUUCUGGCAACAACACUAUGAGGUAGCGACUGUGAUGGUCUCUGUUGUGUAGGAGAGGACAUUUGAAACUACAGAAUGUAGUCAUUGUCUUUCUCUACUGACUUCUUAAUUUAAAAAUAUUUUUAUUAUUAAAUAUUUUAAGCGUAUAAAAUUUAUAGGAAGUAACAAUGAUGUCAUUAUGCACGGCAUUCAGCUUUAUUUUAUCGAUGUAGGCAGGCUGAAUCCGAGGACUCAGAGGGGGUCUUUUUCUGUGUCAAAGUAAAUAAAUAAAAUCUUUAAAAACAAAACAAAACAACAGAAUAAUCUGGUAAAGUGGGGGAGUGGAUGGGAUAACGUUUGCUAUGGGUUGGUAGUUGUUGGGGCUGUGGUGGGUAUGUGAGGGCUUCUUAUACUGUUGUUAUUUUUGUGUGUGUUGUAAGUUAUGUGUAAUAAAAAGCAUUUUUUAAAAUGAGGAAAUAAAAUUGUAGAGAGAAUGACUUGUGCAAGUUAAAAUUAUAUAUAUGUACGUGUAUAUACAUAUAUACACAUGUGUAUAUACAUAUACAUACAUGUACAUAUAUCACACACAUAUAUACAUACAUAUACAUGUACUUAUGUGUGUGUGUAUGUGUGUGUGUAUAUAUAUAUAUAUAUAGUAUUAUUUUGCGUGCUUUCGCUCCUAAACACCCUGGAACAUUCUCUGAAAGAAGCUCAGAAGAGCGAGCUCUGUGUCUGUGGAUGUCAUGUGGUAUAGGGAUUGAUGCUUUCAGUUGUUGUGAAGGAUAUUGGUCCUGUGUGUGCACAGUCAAGUUUCCAAGUAAUGAUGUUUUUCUUCCAGUGAGAUGUGGCCACAUUCAUGGGUAUUUCUCAUGUUCUAUUCUACCUGGGAAGUCAAGGGAAGCCUGUGUGUAAUAAAGUGGUUUAAAUUAUUUUUGCCAAGGGAUCAAAAGCCCUCUUCAGUAUCUUUAUCUUUCAUAGUAUAUUAGAGAGUGUGCUGAAAUUAGGAAGACUCCGCCAUUUGUUGACCCACCCUGGGCAAAUCUAUGACGGGUAGCAGAAAAGACAUUACCUUUGGAAUUAGACCUGCGUCUAGAUCCUUGUCCUAGCAUUAUUAGGUCUGUGUGCUUGGUUAAGUUACUUAACGCCUCUCACGUUAGUUCCCAAGAGUGAACAUUUAUUGAACUCUUCAUUUGGUCAUGCCAGCUGUUUGAACUAGACCCUUUGGAAGCAGUUUGAGUGAGAGUGGAGAUAGUGGCUGAGAAAGGGCAUCUCAGAAAUAUAGCUGCUUACCCUCAGUUCCUGUGAUACUUGUGCUUGACAUCUACAAACUUUAAGUAAACUUUUUCUUACUGCAGCCUAAAGAAACAAUAUAAAAUAACCCAAUCACUCGGCAGAGAAAAUUACUUUUCUCUUCACUGCUUCAAUGCCUGCAGUGCCUGGAACUUUCUCAUAACAAUGCUGGAAUAUUGGUAAAAUAAGAUAAAAAGUCUUAGCAGCCCUAAGUUUAAAUAAAACAGAAAGCUUAGUUUAUUUGGCAGGGUCUAUGUUACAGAGUUAUGUUGAGAAGUUAAAUUAGAAGUUUUAAAAUAUGUUUCACAGUGCCUGGCUUGUAAUUGGUACUUAGUAUUUCUUGCUAUCACAUCAUUUAUGAGUAAAUUUAACUAAGCUUCUUCUUUUUAAAAAAUUUUAUCUCCCCCCCCCGUUUUACUGAGAUACAAUUGAUAGAGUGUAUUAGUUUAAGGCGUAUGAUGUAAUGAUAAAUGUACAUAUUACUAAAUGAUUACCACAAUAAGGAUAGUUCACAUGUAUCACCUCACAUAGUUACAAUUUUUUUCUCAUGAUGAGAACUUUUAAAACCUACUCUCUUAGCAACUUUCAAAUAUAAAAUACAGUAUUGUUAAUAUAGUCACCAUGUUGUACAUUAUGUAAACCCAUUCUAACUCUAAAUUCUGUAAUCCUCUCCUUUCCUUCUCUUUUUCUAGUACUUUAUUGUCCAUACCAUUUUAUAUUUUCUCAUAUUGGUGCAUAACUUUCAAUUUAUCUCCCUAAGAGGAUUAUACAUUUUUUUUUUUUAAGCAGGUUCCACGCCCAGCGUGGAGUCCAAUGUGGGGCUCAAACUCACGACCGUGAGAUCAAGACCUGAGCCAAAAUCAAGAGUUGGAUACUUAACUGACUGAGCCACCCAGGAAGGUGGGAGUCAAUCAUUUUGACAAGUCUCCUGAAAGGAACAGCUAGCGGGAGCUGAAACCUUUUUCCAUUUGGUCUCGUGGCAAAGAGAUCACACCAGCAGCUCCACACAAUAUGACGUGCUCACUAGUGCCCUCUGAACGGUCUUCUGGAUCUUCUCUCUUGCCUAAAGACAAUGCACCAUUUUCUUGGGGUUCCUUGGAUGAAGAUGGAUUGGAUGACUCCUUACUAGAUCUGUCUGAGGGAGAAGAGGAUGAUGGCCAUUUCAGUUUCACAGAGGAAGAUAUUCAGGAGCUCUUGAAGGAUGAUGACUUUAAAGAUGAUAGCAGGAGUGUUGAGAAGGGAGGGCAAGGGAGUCAGAUUCUAUUUGACACUUCCCAAGAGAAAAAUUCAUUGUGCAGCUUGGGACCAGUAGCUGAGACCCCUGGCCUCUUAAAACUACCUCAACUAAGUACAUCAGUUGGUCAUGGACCAACUCCUACUAAACCAUUAAACAGACACUUUGCACUAGAAAAAAAUCUUAUAAAAAUAACAGUUGUUACACCAUUUGAUCCAACAGUUUGUGAUGCUGUGCUCGAUAAGGACAAGACCGAUUCAUCCAAAGAUACCGAAAAACCCUCGUCCCUUGGGGAAGAGAUGAGAAAAGAUGGUCUUAGCCCAAAUGAGAGCAAACUCUGCACUGAGUCUGAAGGGAUCAGUCCCAGUCAUUCUGCUUGGGAUGUGCCUCCACUCUCUUCUCCUUCAGACAAUGACUUUGAACAAACUGUGUCUGAUAAAAAUAUACCAGACAGUAAGAGACCUACACCUGUAUUAUCUCAGAUCUUGGACCACUCAGAGACUCCUAACACGGGGUCAUCCUGGAAAAAUGAAUUACAUAAGUCAAAUUGUGAAGUGAGGUUUCCGGUUGUUUCCAGUUCAUCAAACAAACAGGAUGUUCUUAACAAGGAUUCGGGGAAGCUGAAAGUCAAUGAGAGAAGACUAGGCAAAGUCAUUCCUGUUCUUCAAGCCAAAAGAAGGACUAAUGUUCCGACGUCUUCACAAUCAGAUCUAGAAAAGCAGAAGGAAAGUUAUCUCAAGGAAGUCAUUGCUCAUAUAGAACACCCGAAGGACACUAACCAAGGUGCCUUGGGGGAACUGUAUGCCCUGAUGGGUCAAGUUCAUCACAUGCAGAACCCAAAAUGGCAGCAUCCUUCGGACCUCACCAUGCGAAACUAUGCUCGGUUCCGGCAGAAACCUCUGCAGAGAUACAGUCUGACUCAGUGGGUCGACAGGAACAUGCGAAGCCACCAUCGGUUCCAGCGUCUCCCGGACUUCCCUUCAAGUCCAAUUGUCUCGUCCCAUCAGCAGUGAAGGUCCCUCUCCAGGGUCCUGUUCAGAGCAGCAUCUCAUCUUCUGCUCUUUUGUGCUUUGUAGAUUUUGAAUUUUAUUUUUCACAAGAUUUUUAUUUAAAGAACUUGUCACCUUUUGGAAAUUCCCAUUGCUGACUUGAAAUUUUUUUGUAUAAGGUCCUUCUUGUUUGUCUGUGUGCAUGCAUUUAAGCACUGUUACACUUAAUUUUUUUAUUUAAAUUGAAGGUGGUCACUUCUUGAAAGCCAGCAUUAAGCCAGAAUACCUAGGCUGAAGCGAAACACCCACCUCGACACAGAGGUGAAGUCUACUUCUGGUGCCCAGAAGAGAAUCAUCUUUUAAUCUCCUGUAAGGAAGAGAUUACCAGGCUGCAAGCCAGUGUUAAUUAUUGCUGAUGACUUAUAAAUGGAAAUAAGUCACUUUUAACAACCCCACUUACUUUUUUAUUUGAAUCUCUGAGUACUUGUCAGUAUUUUAAAGUUGGUAAUCCAGGACAUUUGAAGUAGGAUGGAGCAGGACAAAAAUCCUGUUGAAAAGACAGAUUAAAAGUGUAAAUCUCUCGUUUUUGUACUUACCAGCUGCCUUUAUUUAUUUAUUUUUUUGCUCCCCCUUCUUCAUUAAAUGUGUUUUGCACAAUAGGUUUACAAAUCUUACACGUUAACUCUGAUGGAAGACUGCUGACUAACCCUUGUCAUUUUGUGGUCUUGUGACUGUCUUCUUUGCCUUUUCUCAAGGAUUUUCCUUCUUUUUUCCCCCGUGACCAUUAUGCUCUUAGGUUCUGUUGGUGUGUUCCUGUAUCCUGUUAGACCUAGAUAUGCCUCCUAAGAACAGCCUCCCUGCGCUCUUAUGAAAGAGCUUCCCACCCAGAGUCUUAACUCCAGGACAGGCCAGAAAGCCGGUACUCUUGAGGUGUGAGUUGGUCUUCAGUUUCAUCUGCUUAACUCAACUUCAAGUAUGAGUUGAUGUGUUAGUCAAUGAGCUGCGUCCUGUCGGAGACACUUUGGAGAGGCACUUUUUGUCUCCAUUAUUAGUUAACAAGAGGUGCCUUUAGCUUCUGGAUAUUACCAUCUCAUUUGAUCAAACCUCUGAUAUACAGUUGGAUAAAACUGCUAAUGUGGGUCUAAUGUAGUUGUGAUUAAGCCUGUGUACAAAAGCAUUACCUGAUCUUUAGGUCUGGAAUUCUAAAUUAAGUUGACAGACUUUGUGUACCCUCCUGAGGGAUGUUUGAGGAGUUUGUCCUUCUUUCUUUACAGAGGCUCUAGACAGCUUUUUGGGGGGUUCUGCAGUCCGGCAUUCAUGCUGUUGUUCAUCCUCCGCGAAGGCUGGACAUAGUUGCCUGUGGUACUGAGCUAGCUGCCUCUGUCUGGUUUUGUGUUUUCAUCAGCCCCACCUUUGUAUGUGAGAAACCCUGCUUUAGAAGCUGACUUGGGAAAGUUUUGGUCAUUCAAGCCACUAGUCAACUUAGAUGGAUGUCCCUAAGUGUUUACUGUUUUUAUCUAGGUGAGGAUUCUCUUCCUUGGACAUUUGGUUUAGAUGCUGGGACCAAAUGCAAGGAAGUUCUGUUCAAAGGCAAGAGUCAAAAUCUAUUAUUUCAGUUGGCAUAAUGGACAUUUACUUCAUUAGUCACUUCUGCAGGUUUCCCUGACUUAGCAUGAUGGAGUAAGAUAAGCAGACAACUACCUUUGGAACCAUAGCAUAAUAAAAAUUCACUGUAGCUGGAAUAGCAAGCACUGUAGCUGUCUGGUCCCCCCCAGAGUGGGGGACCCAAGGAGUGAAGGGACAGCAUUGUGCUUAGGCUCAUGUUCCUGCACUCCUGGUAAAGGAGGGUUUAAGUCUGAAUGUGUAAUGGCAGCAUUGCCUUUGCCAAAUGAGUGACAGGUUAACUAGAAAAUGUGACAAUCACAUUUCCUCUUUGCUCAAAUAAUUCUGUUUUUCCAAAGCGUUAGCAGCUUAAUUAAAUCUCUUGGACUGGGGGAGGAGAGAACUGUUCUCUCGCGGUUAACAUGGUAUUCUUUACGAAGAAAAAAAAACAAAGCCAAAGAAAACUCAUUAUCAGGCGUGUUUGCCUUAAAGAUGGUAGUAGGUAAAAUCUGGAGUUUUAACCUGUUUUUAAAGCUGCAUAUCUCAUAUUUGGUAUUGGGUUCUCAGUCUAGUAUUUCAUGAGUUCUUGCUGUAUUUUAUUUGAGUGAGGGUUAUGUGCAUUUAACUGCCUGCCUAGCUUUCUUCAUUCAUGACGACAUUCUCACCACCGGGGUCUUGACAAAGUGAAAACGUGCCGUUUACAUAGUGUAUUUAUAAGAGCCUGCAGUAACCUGUAGUUUGCAGCUCAUGCAGGCCUGAUGGACUUGAGUUGUCAGGAUCAAUUAUGAAACCGAAGUUUAGUGCCUCCUCUUUAUCAUGUUUUUUCUCUUGUAGCAGUUGUGUUUAAUGUCAUUAAAGAGAAAUAAAAGUUCUUGUCGUG